GGGAACGGCAUAUCUCCUCUGUCAGGAACCAUGGAUACUUCUUAUCCUCGUGAAGACUACCUGCCCAUGGCAUCUCACAAGCAGGAACCUUCUCCUACAGUCAUCACCAUCAGGCCUCCAGUGGUUCCCCGUGACUACAUGAUCUGGUCUGUCUUCAAUACCAUCUAUAUGAACCUGUGCUGCCUCGGCUUUGUAGCUCUUGCCUAUUCUGUUAAGGCACGGGAUCAGAAAGUGUCUGGUGAUCUGGAAGCUGCCCAUCGCUAUGGCUCCAAGGCCAAAUGCUACAAUGUCCUUGCCACGCUGUGGAAUGUGGUGCUGCCACUGGUGCUGAUCGCUCUGGUGAUCACAGGCGUCCUCCACCUCUCCAAGCUUGCUCAGGAAUCCAUGGACUUUUUGGCUUACAGACUCUUUCCUAAUGAUGACGACAAGAAGUGAGCAGAGAGCCUUGAGCAUUCCAGGGAAUUUCUUUCUGGUCCUUCAGGGGGAUUUUUACAGAGACAGUCAACUGAUGAGCCCCAACCACUGUACAACACAAAACCUCUCUUGCCUCUAAUUCAGAUCACCUGUAUCGAUGCAUUCAUGUUCCUUGGAACUCAUCUCAGAGCUCACUCUUCGGGGAUGCAGAAGAUGCAAAAAUGAAUCCUUGGCAUCCUGCCUAGCCUCAAGGCAGGGCUAGCAGCCACAGAAUUUUUCCACAAGCGGUGGUUCUUCACAGGCGGCCUCUUCAGCUUUUUGUUAUCUCUGCUAGGCUCACACUCCUUCAUGUCUCAUAAAAAUAUGCAAGCCAUAUAACACAAAAUGGCCUGCCUCUUGUAGAAAUUUAUACCUUAUCUCAAAAAGAAAGAAAAGUGGUCCUUCAUUGCAGGGAUGUAGGUAUAGACUUUUUAUAGGCUGGGUUGGGGGGUGCCAUGCCCCCACCCACCCCUGGGGGUGUGACCCUGCCUCCCCAAGCCCCACCCCGGCCUCCCCAAGCCCAGCCUUCAGCUUGCAAGCCAACCAUGCAAGCUGACGGACAGAGUAAGUUGCAGGGGUGGCUGCACUUAUGAAGGAUGCCCCCAGCCGGACAGGCGACUGAAGGGACAUGGAAGAAGAGAGCGGCUGCCUGUCCACCUGGGUGCGGGAGGAAAGGGUUUGGGGGUGGGGCUACACCCCAACCACCCCUGGGGGCUUGGCCACACCUCUCCAAGCC